AUGAUUUUGUCGACAAUACUGCUCACAGCUUUCGCCAGUGCUGUCAUUGGUGUGAACACCAGAGGUUCGUAUGCCCCAGAUAAGGUGCCAUGCCCUGAGAAUGCAAGCUUUAUCAGAGAUGCCGCUGACCUUUCCUCCAUGGAGAAGGAAUGGAUCACGAAGCGCCAUGAAAGGACAGACCAGGAGCUGAAACGCUUCCUGGAAGGUGUGAGCCUACAGGACUUUGAUGCCGGCGAGUUCAUCGACUCUUUGGAGAGAUCAAUCAAUAUUGGUCUUUCAUUUUCCGGUGGCAGUUAUAGAGCCAUGUUUAAUGGUGCUGGCCAGUUCGCUGCUUUGGAUAGCAGAACUGAAGGAGCCGAGGCUCAUGGCUUGGGAGGAUUGCUACAGGCAUCGACUUAUCUGUCUGGUCUGUCCGGUGGUAAUUGGCUCACUGGUACGCUGAUUAUGAACAACUGGUCAAGUGUUCCAGAUCUGUUGGACUCAGACGAGAUUUGGAACCUGGAGAACCCAAAGCUUCACUUUGGUGGUGAUAAUUUGACACUGAUUCAGGAGCGUUGGAAGCUCCUUAAAAGCCAAGUUGACGAAAAGGCAGAAGCUGGAUUCCACACUUCUCUCACUGAUCCGUGGGGAAGACAAAUGUCAUAUCAGUUUUUCGGUACUGGUGAUGAUGGUGCAAUAUCCUUGAGAUUCUCCGAUAUGAGGGACAUUGAUGCGUUCAAAGAUGCAGAGAUGCCUUUCCCGUUCUCAAUAGCACUAAGUGGCUACCCAGAUAGUAAGAAUGUCAGCUUGGAAUCAACAGUCAUUGAGUUUAAUCCCUUUGAAAUGGGCUCUUGGGAUCCUUCUUUGUUUGCAUUUACUGAUUUGAAGUACUUGGGGUCCAAUGUCUCCAAUGGUGUUCCCGUGAGUGACAUCUGUAUCGAAGGAUUCGACAACGUUGGUUUCGUUCUUGGUACCUCUUCCAAUGUCUUCAACGAGUUUCCUCUGAAUACUAGUCGUUGGGGAAAUUUAACUCCACAGGCUAUCCACAAUUUCUUAGGCGAUAACUUUGAUGAAUACUAUGACGUUGGUGUCUACAAACCAAACCCAUUCCGUGAAUCAGAGCAUGGGUCACAAAGGUCUCUCUUGGAUGAUGAUGGGUUGUAUUUGGUCGAUGGUGGCUGGGAUCUCCAAAAUAUCCCCUUGGCUCCAAUGCUGUUGCCAGAGCGUGGUGUGGACGUACUGUUUGCCUUUGACAACUCUUUUGAUACAGAGGAUACUUUCCCAAAUGGCACUGCUAUAGGUGCUACGUAUGAUCGUCAAUUUCUUGAACAAGGUCAGAGACUCCCAUUUCCAUACGUUCCCUCAUCGAAAACGAUUUUAAAGCAUGAGCUCAACUCCAAGCCUUUGUUUCUCGGUUGCAAUGCAUCCAACAUGACAGACUUAAGCAGUGUACCACCUUUAGUGGUGUAUAUACCAAACGUUGCAUACACCACCUGGUCAAAUACUUCGGGUUACAAGGUUGCGUACUCCAACGAGGAGAGGAAUGCGCUAAUCCAAAAUGGGUUUGAAGCAGCAACCAGGUUUAACCUAACGAUUGACCCUAACUGGAAGAAAUGUGUUGGAUGCUCUAUCAUACGUCGCUCGCAAGAACGUAAUGGUAUUGAGCAGAGUGAAGAAUGCUCGAAGUGCUUUCAGGAGUACUGCUGGAAUGGUGAGGAAUACACAGGUGAUGAUGUUGUUCUCAACAGGUCUUUGAAUUACACUUCUUCGAGUCUAUCCAAGUACUUUUGA